UGGAAUUAUACAAAAAUAAUAGGAGCUCACUUCCCAACGCAAGAAUUAGCCAUCCUGCGAUGAAAUUCCCGAUGUCGCGAACAGAAAACUAUCGGUAGUUUUGCGUGAUGUUUAAUAGGUCAACAAUCCACAGUUAUCAUCCGUUUUAAGUAAAUCUGAUACUCGCAAAAGUUCUGUUACGUCGUAUAAGGCCAUUCGGCACCUGCGCUGUCACUUUGUUUGCUGGUCCCUGGUUACCAUGGAAACUAACCCUAAUUUCAAAACAAAUAUUUUCAUUCCAUUAAAGUUUUCCUAAGAAAAGUUGUAUACCACAUUUAAGAGCAAAAAUGCAGCAAGAUGAUGGUCCGGAGAAAACCCAACAACUGCAGAACUUUCAGUCGGAUGACUUGUUGGAGAAACUGAAGUUACUCAACUAUGAAAAGCAUUUGCUGAAAGAGUUCAAGCUAAAGCCACUGUCGCGGUUCUACUUUGUGAAGGCCACCAAUCCGGGGGAGCAGUUCUACAUGUUCACCCUCAUCUGCUGGUGGCUCUGCAAGAAGCUCGGCAAGGACAUGGAGCGGCCCCAGGAAUACGAUGAUCCGAAUACGGUGGCUGCCAAUAUCAUUCAAAUGCUGGAAGAGAUUGACGUCCCUGUGGACUUUCCACCCAACAAGCUGAUUCGUGGUGCAGGACCCAUCUGCCUCAACGUCCUGGACAUCCUCUCCACGCAGGCCUGCAAAGUGGCCAAAGUGGGCUAUCAGCGGGUGCAGAAAAUGCAGGAGGAGGAAUUCCUGGGCGACUAUCUGGAGGACAAUGCCGAAAUCAUACUGGAAAAAUUGGAGGACGAACAGAACGCCGCCGGCCUCAGCGACGACAGUGACCUGGAGCUGGAGGCGCACAAUUUCAGGCAACUAAACUGGCUGAAUCGCCCCCAGAAGCGGUCCAUCGGCGAUGUUACUCUGGACGAGCAGGCCCAAGAGCUCGACGCCCGCCUCAGCGACCAUCAGGAGUGGCGCCUCGAACUCGAGCGAGUGCUUCCCCAUCUGAAGGUUUUUGUGAAGUCGGACGCACGCGACUGGCGCACCCACAUCAGCCAGAUGGAUGCGUUCAAGAGCAGCAUAAACGAGUCCUCGGAGACCACACAGGCGCAGCUAAAAAAGCUGCACAGCGAGUUCACCUUCAGCCUGGAGAAGGUGGAGAGCCGCGAGAAGCAUCUCAACAACGAGCUGCAGCCUCUGAUCCAACAGUUCAAGGAGCUCUCCAUUGAGCUGUCCACGAUUCAGUAUGCCCAGAACCAGGUGCAGGCGGACUCCGAGAAGCAGUUGGGGCAGUUGAAUGAGGUGAUGCUGGAGCAGGAGCUCAAGAAGGAGGAAAUGGAGCGACGCGGUCAGGUCAUGUCCGAUGGAAGUUCGGUGCAACAGAUCAAGAAAUCGAUCGUCAAACUAAAGGAGGACAUUGCGCAACUGAAUCUGGAGGUGGCCCUCCUGGUGCAUGCCCACGAUCAGGAAACAGUGGUGCGCCAGGCCCAGGGACAGGCCGGUGACCAGGCAAACAACUGAUAAAAUGAUAAUGCGGCUGCUUAGCAUACAAUUCACACAAUCCAUACUCUCCCUACACAAAAACCCCGUCCUGGAGCCUGGUUUAGGUAUUUUUCACACCUGGGCAAUGGGUGUGCGUGCGGCGCUGCUCUCGUUUUACGUUCGAUCUGGCAAGCGAUUAGUGAUCCAUUGUGGGGGAGAGAGAGAGAGGGAGAGUGGGAGAGUGGGAGUGGGACCACCGGCGUUGAACCGCCCGAGAAUUGUUCGGGGACUGUUUAAUUUGAUUGCCGCGCGCUGAUAAGUAUCGUAAUUGGUUGCAAAGGCCAAUAGGGCGGUCAAUUAUCACCUCUUUGUUAUCUGCUCCUUCAACAAAUAUACGCAUGCGCAUGCGCGCGAUCCUUUACGAUCAGAGAUAACGGUGAGAGAGAGAGAGAGUGAGAGCGGGAAGGGAGAGCGAGGGAGCUAGUUAGCUGUUGCACUAUCGUUCAUUGCGCACGUACUACUUGACAGAGAACCGCCGCCGUCGAGAGCCUUGGAAACCCGGAAUCCAGAAGGGAAGGUGUUGCCUGCCCCGCACGCGCAUCCUUUGUUUGCCCACUCGCACUGAUAAGCCGCCUGCAUGUGUACAGUGUGUACGGUGUGUACGGUGUGUACAGUGGGACUGGGACUGGACUCUGCACACGGUGUGUACAGUGGGAUGGAUGCAGAGUGCGGUUUUGGCCCGCAACUUGUUGUGAUUUUCGCUGCGGCCUGCCAGAGGUAGGUGCUAAAAGGUUUUCCCUAAAGCGGAGUGCACAGGAGUUUCCCAGCCAAAUCGAAAUUGGGCUUAGAUACUGUGCAAGCUUCCUUUGAUUGAAGAUGAAUAUGGCAACAUCUGUAAAACAGAAUUUUCCAUUAUUAUUGGCUUUAGGUAGCUUCCGCUGUAAUGCUAGAAAACCACUCCUCAUAGGAAACCAAUUGAUAUUAUUCCCCACUUAACAAUGUAGCUCUAUAU